UUCAAAACAUCCGUCGUAUUAUUGCCCAAGCCUCGUGUUACUCUUGUUCUCAUCAGUCACACAAUGUUACUUCGCUACCAAUGCAACAAGGACAGAACCAGCUCGUUCAGUGAAGUGAUGGCUACUGCUCUGAUGUUGGUGAUGUUGCUUCAGUUGGCAAUCUGUUUGUGUGCAGCUUCUGAAGAGGUCGAGACUACUAUGGAUGGUUAUAACCCGAAAUUGAAUGACACUACUACUGUGCCGGACAGAGUCAAGCGAAACCCGCCGCCAGCACCCAGUAAUAACGACAACUCGAAAUGCGUCAAGGAUCCUGCACAAAUUCAUGAAAGUACGCGUGGAAUUGUGGCUUUAGGCUCGAUCAUUGCCUUUAUUCUCUGCCUGGGUCUGAUGCUCGCGGUUGCGUGUGGAUGUAUAUGCACGGAAACAAAAAUGAUUGAUGUGGAGUGAAGAACAAAUAGAGGAGAGAAUAUAAAUAAAGAUGAUUGGAAGUCAUAAAUGUGAGUGCAUAUAUAAUAAAAUAGUAAUAUGUAUAUUGUGUAUUGUAUAAUUGUAUAUAAUUGUUUGCCCCUAAACCUGGAAAAAUUUUUUGUAUUGUAUGUAUUGUUCCCGUUUUUCAUAAAAAAACAUUUGGAAAACCUUAGUUGAUCAGAAAAUGAUUAAUAGUGAGGAAGUGUCUUUGUCAAUUUUCAGCACUGAAAUGGUUGGAACACGCCCGAAUAAUCGCGCGGCCAUAAGGUCGCCAAUUCACAACUUGCUUUAAGAUUUCCGAAUCUUUCCAAAUUUAGUAUUAAACGAUUCCUCUCAUCGAACUAAAGAGGUUGGUACCAAAAUUGAUAAGGGCCAGAAAUUUUUUAGCAAGUUCUGAUGUAAAGGCAAAAUAGUAUGUGGUCUGUGUUGGACUUUUUUCCUUCCACCUUUUUGCUCGCAUUUUUGCAAAUUUCUUUGUUACGUAUUUUCAUGCGCGCACUAUAAACCAUAUAAAGGUCGAAAUAAUUUUUUGAAUGUUUAUUGGAAUUUAUUUUUGUUGAUUUUUGAUCGCUUAAAUUCGUCUUUAGGGAAAGAUAACUGUUUUCUUAAAUAUUUUGUUUAUUUUCCUCUUAUUUACCAUUUUUGCA